GUCCGGCCGCGGGAAUAUACCUGCCCGCUUCCGCUCAAGCUUGUGGUCCGCAUUUUGGCUUGGAUCUCGCCCUCGGCAGCGGCCCAGACUCUGCUAUCGAGGCCGUCAGAAGCGUCGGAAGCGUCGCCUGGUCCAUUUGCAUCACACACAUCCACCCACUUGCGCCAGAUAAACCAUGCAAUCGCUGCCAAAUCGACCGUUUGCAAAGAAGCUCUUGCCAGGCGAUAUCGGCGCCCUGCAGGCCGGGUUCGCUCGCCGCUCGGCGCCGGUGCUCUAUCACUCCGAGACCGGCCUGCCCAUCGACGAGGACGAGCUUGGAUACGAUAGCGGGGAUGCUAUGGACUCGUCAUGGGUGUCCGGGCUGGCCAAGCAGGAAAUCGACGCUAUCCACGGGCUAACGGAAUCGGGACGACGCUUUCUGAUACUGUGGAAUGGAUUCUUUGGAACCCAGAGAGUGUUCCGGUCCGACCUAGUUGUCGAGUCGAUUCGGUCAUUUAUCACAAAGCACGAACCCGAGAUCGAUCGCCGUCAGCUCGCUAUGGCUCUUCUCCGACGCCAGAAUUUGGGCUUGCUGAGCCCAAGCGAGACCAUGACUCUGCUGCAGCAUUUCUCCUCUCUCCGUGGUUGUCCCAAGUAGCAGCGGCGCCGAAUCGCUGCCAGACUCUAAGGCAAAAACAUCACGACAGGCAGGACGAUUCACGAGCUGCCCGGCAUUCCGUAGGGCGCUUGUGGGGUCGACGAUACCGAUGAAGCAGGGGGCAAACCCAUCCACCCAGAUAGAGCCUAUCUGUCCGGACGCAGCGGCAGUGCGAGAUGGUAGAGAGGCCGUUGGCGGUGCCCAAGGGAACAAUGACCUUCCCAACUGGACUUGCAUCAAUCCAUCUCGAUCCUGCUGGGCCUGUGUCUCCG